AUAAUAAUAAUAUACGGUAGAUCACGUGCUGUCAGAAGAUAUUAUUUUGAGAGAUACAGCAGAAUUUCUUUGCAGGCCAGUACUGCACUAUUUCGUGACCAGGGGCGGACUGACCAUUUGGAAACUCGGGCACUGCCCGAGGGCCUGGGGUCAGUAGGGGGCCCCAUGAGAUGCCCCUGGUACCUUUUUCAUAGGCUUUUUUGAGUUUAGGCAAGGACACAGGGGCCCCAUGAUCCCCUAUUGCCCGGGGGCCCCAUGAGUUGUCAGUCCGCCCCUGUUCGUGACUGA